UGCUGUUCAGUCCCGAGCUCUGUGGCAAAAUGUCAUUCACUGAUGUGCUGGCCAUCGUUGGGGGAUUUACUGUUGUUUUCCACUUGCUGAAACUGGCCUGGAGAUGCUGGUGUGGAUUCAGACAGUUUGUUUUGUCUGAGCUUUGGCAUGUGGAUUUAAGGAAAUAUGGGCAAUGGGCAGUUGUCACUGGUGCCUCAUCUGGCAUUGGUAAAGCUUAUGCCAUUGAGCUGGCACAAAGAGGCCUGGAUGUUGUUUUGGUAAGCAGAUCUGAUGAUAAGCUUCAAAUGAUUGCCAAAGAGAUAGAGGAUCAGUAUGGACGAAAGACUCGCACCAUCCAAGUGGACUUCACAGACGGCCAAAGUAUCUACGUUGCUAUAGCUGAAGAACUACAGGGACUGGAGAUUGGGAUUCUGGUUAACAACGUAGGAAUGACCUAUUCUGAUCAUUUUGCCUAUUUCCUGGAAAUACCAGAUGCUGAACAGAAAAUCCCUCAGAUUAUCAACUGCAACAUGCUGUCAGUCCCUCAGAUGACCAGACUGAUUCUUCCAGGCAUGGUUGAAAGAGGGACAGGGCUGAUCAUCAAUAUCUCCUCUGCAGUGGGCAUCCGUCCACAGCCUUUGUUGUCCCUUUAUUCUGCCACUAAGAUUUUUGUAACAUAUUUCUCUCAGUGUCUGCAUGCAGAAUACCAGUCAAAGGGAAUUAUUGUCCAGUGUGUGGCCCCCUCCAUGGUGUCCACCAACAUGACGAAAAACAUCCCAGUCAACUGCUUUGUGAAGAGUGCUUCCGGGUUCGCCCGUGAGGCCUUGAACACCGUGGGUCAUUCCAGCUACACCAGCGGCUGUCUGUCCCACGCACUCCAGAACAUUGCUCUCACAAUACUCCUGCCGGACUGGAUUCGUAUGUCACCGUUCUUCAUAAGAAAGCUACGAAACCUCGCAAAAGCCAGCAAAUAUGAUAUAAGAGAGUGCAAGAAAACGGAGAAGCUUGGUGAAAAGGAGGAGUAGCUGAAGUUCUUACUGACAUGAAUGUUGACUUUUACAGGCUUUAUAAUAGCCUAUCAUCACUGUAAGUCUUCUCAGAUACCUAAAAUGUGUGCAAUAUCAUAUUGAGGUUACUGUAAUAAAUGGGCUACACUAUACAUAUAAAUUAUGUUAUAUUUUGUAUAUUUGUUUAUUCUCAAUUGCAUGAAGUUUUUAUUUAUCUAUAGAGUGAAUCUGCUGGCUAGCAUAACAGAGUUUUUAACUCUAUUGUUGCUAUUAAUAUUUAUACUAUUACACUUGACAGAUAUACAGACACAAUCUGUUUGUAUUGCAUUUAAGCAAUCUUUUAAAUACAUAUAUUUGCUGUUAAGAUUUUACAAUAUUAGUUACAAAGAUAGUGAUACACAGUACAUUUGGCAUAUCUUUACACCUUUCUGUCAAACAGCAGUUUUCUAUGUACAUCUACAGUAAUGACCAUUAGUACACAAGAGUCAGUCAUAUCAGGCUUUCUCACUGACGACAACUCAAGAUGGAACAUGACGUGCAAAUAGCUUUUUCAGCAACUUCCUAUUUGUGUUUUGUUAAAAAGUCCAUGUGAGUGCUGUAACACUAUAAAACAAAACGUGACAAGAAAGCAGUGACACUUAAUUCUGCAUUUUGUAAAUAAAUUGUU